AUCUUGCCGCCUUCCCGGGCUGCCGAGUCUGUGCGUGAGUGCGGCGAUGGCAGCGCCGCUGUGGUGGGACCUCGCACCCGCCAGCUGGCUCUCCCCGUGCGCCGCCGUCGGGUACGCCUUCCGCGUCCCGGUCUGCCUCACAGCGUCCGCGGCGACAGCCUGCGCGCUCCGCCGGUCGGCGUCGAGGCGCCACCACCCCGCCUCCGCCUCCUCCUCCACCGCCUCCUCCGCCGCCUCCUCCACCGCCUCCUCCGCCGCCUCCUCCGCCGCCUCCUCCGCCGCCUCCUCCGCCGCCUCCUCCGCCGCCUCCGCCCGCUGCGAUCAUGUACUCCACGUGCUCGCGCAGCUGCUCGACAACGACGCGGACGGGCGGCCGGACGACCCACUCCUCCGCCGGCGCAUGGUCGCGCGCCGUUACUACGUCAUGGUGUCGAUAGUAGCAGUCACACACGCCACCAGACACCGGCGCAUAUGCACACACGCGCACCGGCAUACACAAGUUGACGCGCGCACACGCACGCGCAGGUCCCGGCCCGCGAGGGCGAGGCGUACGCCGACCUACCCCGCCGCGGCGUCGGCCGUGUCGCGGGCCUCUCCGACGUCGUCCUGCGCUCGUGUGUGGCGCCGGCCAGCCGCGGCGGGGGCGGCGCGGGCGGGUGGGCCGCCGCGGUCGGCGCCGGCCCGCCGCUCUGCGACCGGCGCAGAGACGCGACUGUGGAGGAGGUGAGUGCCGCGCGGACUACAGCCACAUCGAUAGCCGCUCGCGCCGCGCCCGCUGCGCCCGCCGGC